AUCAAACUUUCGCAAGAUGAAAAUGUAUUUGGCAUAUCCUAUAUCACCGGUAUUGGCUUUGUCGUACUACGCUGCUGCAUUGACUGUUCCAAGAGAGCUGACACAGGCAAGCAGUUACCUGACUGGAAAAUGGGAGGAGUGGUACAUCGCAAAUGACCUCAAUCAAGAUGGCGUGCUUUCGUUAGAUGAUCUUGAGACAUUUGAAGAAUUUUACACCAAAAUUGAUUUUCUUGAAGAUGAGCAACGUAACCAUACAAUCGCGACAAUAGACCGAUUAUGGAGAAACGCUCUCUUGGGUGGUCGGUCAGAAGUCUCAAAAGAUGAAUUUGUAGAAAUGUUGAAAACAAGUUAUGAAUCAAACAAAACCAACUUCGUUGAAACAAUGAGAGAAUUAGACAGGGAAUUUUUGGAAGUAAUUGACUUGAACGGGGACAAUUCCUUGUCGAAAGAGGAAUACAUGAUGGAUCUGAUGGCAGCAAAACAUAUGGAUACGUUUAAAGAUGAAGAAUUCUUCAAUUCCCACAAACUUGUAAAUGGCCUUAUCCCUAUUGAGGAGGCAGUAGAUGUGUGGCUACGCUUCCAAACCGAGGAUGAUAUGACAAAAACAGACAUUUUAGAAAACGCUCUCAAAUCUGGUCUCUAAGACUUGAACAGAUCAUUACGCACACUCCUAAAUAGGUUAAGUGAGAAUAAUCGUGAAAGUAUUAGACUCCUUGCAUUAACUUAUUUGAUCUAUAGUUUUUUUCACACUGCUAAUCCUUGUAGUAAUUAUGCAUGUUUUUUAUGGCUAGAGGUAAAGUAUGGUUUACAUGAGGUACUAGGUCAAUAGUCACGUAAGCCUGCAAUAAAGUCUUAGCGGAAAUGUCUCCAUUUUUUCCAAAUAA